AGUCCGAGGCACCCUUGUUUUUCGUACCUUUUGGAUAUCGUUUAUGUCCUGCAAAACACGUUAUUAGGAAGCUUGCUUAUAUUUGACUUUUUAUUUGUACGAUUGCAUUGCACCUCGGCUUCUUUAUUUUCUCCGUUUUAUAUGAUAUCUUAUUGAGCCUGGUCACUCUAUCGAAUUCGAUCUCGGGAUAUUUGAGAAAACUAACACUUGUUCUUCUCUUUCAGAUUUUUCUAUUGCCUAGUUGCUAGUUGCUCUCUGAACAAUUCACUCGUAUUUCCCAUACGACGUACUUGCUAACAUAGCCCAACUGACAACUCGGAAUUACAUAAGUAGGAUGACGGGGACCGACGAGGAAUUGAAGGAAGCUGCUGAAAUGGAUCACCAUCAUUUCGUCAAAACUCUGUCAGCUUUUAGGUUUUUUGGUCCACAUCUUCUUAAAAGAGUCGAACGCUCGCGAGCUUAUUAUUACUCGUUACCGUCUUCUCACCAUAAACUUAUUCGUGAAUUUGAUGAUAACCUCAAAAAGGUUGAGGAAUGCAUCCUUCACAACAAUGAUUUAAUAGCCAGCAUUAUUAAGCAUUCCGCUCCAGACAUUUUCAACGGGGAACAUGCUUGUGAGUUGAAUGGCACAGUUGGUUCAUCAAACGCAACAGAUUUAAAUAACAGUCACGCGGUCGGUCCCCGGGAAAAAAUUGGUCCUUUUGCAUUUACAAAUACAGAAAUGGAUAAAGUUCGAUCAGCUUUAAAACAAUUUGUAAGAGAUUGGUCGGUUGAAGGAAAACCAGAGCGGGAUAUAUGUUAUCAAUUUGUACUUAAUGAUGUUUUAGAACUGUUUAAUCCAAAGAAAGUAAAUCCUGCAAAUGUCAACAUCCUAGUCCCAGGGGCUGGCCUUGGUCGAUUGGCUUGGGAACUUGCUCAUCUUGGCUACACAUGCCAAGGAAAUGAAUGGAGCUUGUACAUGCUUAUUCCAGCUUAUUUUAUUCUAAACACAUGCAAACAAGUUAAUGAGUAUAAAUUAUAUCCAUGGAUCGGUCAAUUUUGUAAUAAUAUGUCACGUGAAGAUCAAAUAACCCCGGUUCAUUUCCCUGAUGUAUGUCCAGCAGACUUACCUGCUAAUGUUCAAUUUUCUAUGGCAGCUGGAGAUUUCGUUGAAAUUUAUACUGAUCCAAAUACAUGGGAUUGUAUAGCCACUGUGUUUUUCAUUGACACAGCACAUAAUAUUCUUAGUUAUUUGGAUACAAUUUGGCGUAUACUUAAACCUGGCGGUUAUUGGAUCAAUUUCGGUCCAUUAUUAUAUCAUUUCUCUGAUAUACCUGGUGAAGAUUCUUUAGAAUUAAGUUAUACAGAACUUCGUUUAGCUAUUAAACGAUUAGGUUUUGAAAUUGUGCGUGAAAAAUCUAAUAUUCAAUGUGGUUAUACACAAAAUUCAUCAUCAAUGCUAUCAUAUAAUUAUAAUUGUGUAUAUGGUUUAUUUCGUAAACCAUUUAUCACAACAAUAUCAUCAACAACUGAAAUGAAUGUAACCAAAUUAAUGUCAACAUUGAAUACCACUAAUUCAACUAUCAAUGAUAUGGAAUAAUAAUAACACAAUUAUUAUAUAAUAAACCCUGCCAAUCAAAACAUUCUUAUUAUAAGCAAGUAAUUGUUUUGAUGUUCAUUUUCAAGGUGUUCAAGAUUUGAUAAUAAAAAUUUAUUAUUAUUUUUUUUCUAGGUUU